AACCUUGUUGGUGGGUGGUGACAGACCUCCAGGGAAUGCUCUACAUGGCGAGUGCCCCUUUGUUGGGCCUUGUGCCACCUGCAGCAGCUUCCACCCCACCUGUCUCCUGUUCCUACUCUGUGCACCACUGCCCAGAGUCGGGUGGAAGGGACUGGGUGACCAGAGAAUGUGGUGCAGGAGGUGCUUGAGGUGGGGGCCCUGUGAGACUCUCCUGAGGGACAGCUCUGUGGAGGCUGGACGCCCUGCCCUGUCCCUCCCCAUCUAGGUGCCUAUAAAUGUUCACUCUGGAUGGCUCGGGGCCUAAGCCCCAUCUUGCAGGGCUUUGGGGAGCCCACCUGGCCCACCACAGCGGACAGAGGCCUAGCCGCCUCUUGGAUCCAGCUGCUGCCCUGUCUGGAAUGCUGGGCGACAUCACCGUGAGCUACUGGCAGGCACGGAUGUGCAUGUAUGUUAAACUGACCCCUCAAGGCCACAAAGGCAUGGCUGGGGUUUAUCUGUGAGGGCUCCUGGCAGCCUCCUUGGGGGCUGAUUCGGGAAAGGAACCCUAGCCCUGCGUUUGGGGAUACAGGGGUCUCAGCAAGCCUGCCCCUCCUGCCACACCCCUCCGCCGACCAUGCUGGGGUGGGUCGGCCGGGAAUACAGGAUGGUCCGAGGAGUCCCCUUUUUACCCGGGGUCCGGAAUAGGGCCUGGGUGUCACCUGCAAGCUGCGACGCGACACUACGGAACUAGUGCUUGAGGGGGACUGGCGAGGCUGUUUGGGGGGGGGCUGUCUUAGGAAUGGGGAGUCCCGAGGCUGCACAGGGACGGGCCCCGUUUCUUCUCCGGGUGCCUGGACUGCCGGGGACACAGCCGUGGGAGAGGCCGAGGUCUGGCCGUCCAGCAGGCAGGGGCCGAGGCGCCUGUACUCUGGAGCACGGAACGGCUGGGUGCCGGCCACCAGGGCUGGGGAACACGCGCCUGUCCAGGGAGCCGGGGCCUGUCCUCGCUCCCGGACGGAGGGGACCAGCUGAGCCACAGGCAAGCGGGCCACUCCCGAUUCUCGCCGACUCGGAAGCUGGCGCUCAGCCGGGUUCCCGACCUGCUCCCGGGACCCACGAGGGGCGCGGUCUGCCGCUUCCGGCCAGGACCGGAAAUGUACGGGGACAACGCUGCGCGUAAUGGCGCACUUCCGGUUCGAGGAAGAGCUGUCCCCGCGGCUUCCGGUAGGUGGCGCUGAGGCCCGAGAGACUUGACGAUGGCUGUUAGCCCUCGAGCAUUCUGGGAGUCGCAGUCCCGCCUCCUUUUCCCGCUUCUCCUUAAUCAAUUCCGGGCUCUUCGCGAAGGAGUUCCGCCGUUUCCGGGGAGGGGAGGUUCGGGAGAAAAGCAGGGGCGCACGCGCAAGGACUACACGCCUAACAGGCUUCUGGAGUAGCGGCCCAGUGCCUUGUGGGAAAUGGAGUUCUUCAGGCGUGGAAGCCGCGGUGCUUGGCCGGCGGAGGACUCGGUUUCCCAGAGGGCCGAGCGCGGCGCAAGAUGGAGGCGGUGCAAGAUGGAGACUCCCGGUCCGCCGUGAGCCGGUAGGUUUGCUCCAGCUACAGUUGAGCAGCUGAACAGAGCUGUGCCGGGGGCACUUCUGGGACUGAGGACACCACAGCUUUGCCAGCGCUGCUCCCACCAGCACUCCAGUGUCAGCACAGGGACCCCGCAGACCAGGAGGUGUGGCGUGGCCUGGAGACAUGGCUGAGGCAGAGACAGGCGACUAUGACACCCUGCCUUCCGACACCAUCUCCCUUAGCGACUCGGACUCCGACCUCAGCCUGCCGGGCGGUGCUGAAGUGGAAGCUCUGUCCCCAGAGGGGCUUCCUGGGGAGGCCCAGGGGGAUUCAGGCCCCGAUGAGCCCCUCACGCCCCACAAGGGCCUCCCCACAGUCACUGUGCAGCCGUUCCACCUGAGAGGCACAAGCUCUACCUUCUCCCAGCGCAGCCACAACAUCUUCGACUGCCUGGAGGGGGCAGCCAGGCACGCUCCCCCCUCUGUGGCCCAGAAAGGCAUGGCUGACAGUGGGGUCUUCAAGCGGCCCCUGGCGCCCUCAAGCCAGCCUCCAGCAGAGGGCCCGGGCAGCGCUAGUCAGAGCCCUGUCCUCGUGAGGGUGCCCCCCGUCCCUGAUUACGUGGCCCACCCCGAGCGCUGGACCAAGUACAGCCUGGAAGACGUGGCUGAGGCCAGUGAGCAAAGCAACCGGGCUGCCGCCCUGACCUUCCUGGGCUCCCAGAGCCUGGCUGCCCCCAGCGACUACGUGCCCUCCUUCAACCAGGAUCCCUCCAGCUGUGGGGAGGGUAGGGUCAUCUUCACCAAACCGGCACGAGCCAGCGAGGCCAGACCUGAGAGGAAGAGGGUCCUGAGAAAGCUGGGAGAGCCGGGCAGGGGCGACCCUGGGAACCCGGCAGUGGCCGGGGGUGAGGGUCCUGUGGAGCUGGCCCACCUGGCUGGGCCUGGGAGCCCAGAGGCUGAGGAGUGGAGCAGCCCCUGCGGGGGUUCACAGGAGGGGGACACGCCAGAGGGGCCUGCCCCCACCGGGUCAGUGGCAGGCCCCCCAGUGGUGGAGACUGUUGGCUUCCAUGGCAGCAGGAAGCGGAGCAGAGACCACUUCCGGAACAAGAGCAGCAGCCCCGAGGCCCCUGGUGCUGAGUUCUGAGAGGACAGACUGUUGGGCCAGACAUCCCAAACAGGCUGCCUGCGGGCUGGCGUCAGAGGGCUGUCCGCUCCACUGCCCACCUAGGGUGGCUUUAGGGGCAGAGCAGGCUCCAGCCCCACUGCCUUGGGAAGGGAGCUGGCGGGCUGCCGGCAGGUGGCGCCAGCGGCCCUGGCUGGGUCUCAGUGCCAAAGUGUCUUCUGAGGCAGAGACCUUGCUGAGGGUGUGGGCCAGAAGAUGGCGGAAGCCCUGGCCACCAGGUGCCGAUGGGGGAAUAGUAAAGGUUUUGGGUAUUUCUCAG